AUGACCCUAUCGGAAGGAAGUGCCAGGUCUUUUACAGAACUUCGUCUUCCACUGUAUCAUGGUCCUACCGUGAAAAUCCAGAUACGCUCUAGCCACCACGAAUAUGAGGUUUCCAAAAACAUCCUUUGCCGAAACUCCACCUACUUUGCGGCAAUGUUUGAAGGAAAAUUUCAAGAGGGAAGACAGCAGACAGCAACGCUCCAAGAAAUGUCAGGCGUGGUUUCGGUUCGAAGUUUCGAAUCACUCAUACAAUGGUUAUAUCUAGGCAUUGUUAAAUUUGAUUACAACGGACCAGAGGAUGGAAUAUCAGCUGCGAUAGAGCUUGUCAGACUGGCAGAUAUGUGCAAUAUCACAGGCAUGGAAUGCUCAAUGGCUCAGCAUAUCAAGGAUAUCCUUGUUGCCAAUCCCGAGCCUCGGCGAUCGUCUAAGAACUCAGACCUGCAUCACUCUCCCAAUACCUAUUGCCUCACACGAGAACAUAUUAUCUCGACAACGAAUUUGCCUGUGGAGCAUCCAGAUACUCAGGGAUUUCCCAGCUUUGCAGUGGACCUACUUCAUGAAGUCGAUCGGCGCUGA